GUGAUGAGGGACCCCAACACCAAACGCUCGCGGGGCUUUGGCUUCGUCACGUACUCCUCGGUGGAGGAGGUGGACGCUGCCAUGAAUGCACGGCCACACAAGGUGGAUGGCAGAGUGGUGGAACCAAAGAGGGCCGUGUCCCGAGAGGACUCCCAGCGCCCCGGUGCCCACCUGACAGUUAAGAAGAUCUUCGUGGGGGGCAUCAAGGAGGACACAGAGGAACAUCACUUGAGAGACUAUUUUGGCCAGUAUGGCAAAAUUGAGGUGAUUGAGAUCAUGACGGACCGAGGCAGUGGCAAGAAAAGGGGCUUCGCCUUCGUCACCUUCGACGACCACGACUCAGUGGACAAGAUUGUCAGCAGCAAUUUCGGCGGUGGGGGGAACUACAAUGACUUUGGCAGUUACAACAACCAGUCCUCCAACUUUGGGCCCAUGAAGGGCGGGAACUUCGGGGGCCGGAGCUCGGGGCCCUACGGCGGCGGUGAGUCCUGGGGGAGUGGUUACGGCAGCUCGAGCGGCGGCGGCAGCUACGGUGGUGGCAGGAGGUUUUAA